CCUUUCGCGGAUUCGUUUGAGGAGGCAGUCUCUGUGUUGGUCCCGCUUGCUUUUGAAGCGUCUCUUUUAUUGCCUUUCAUUCUUCCAACUUCCAAAGUUCCCUUUCUUCCAUUACCUCUGGUUUCCGUAUUAAGUUUGGGUCUCCGGUAAUUCGAUUAUUGUUCCAUUUUCGUCUGUGGGUUUCGGUCUGGAGCCUGUUGAUCGAUAAUUGAAGGGUCAAAAUCUCCAAUCAUCCAGAAACAGAAGUGCUACGUAUUGAAGUUAAUUCUUGUUUCCAACAAGUUGUGUAUAAUCAUUCAAAUUGGGGUGGCAUCUUCAAAUUCAUAUCUAAUGGGUCAGGUUUCCAGUUCUAUAAGUUUCUGCAAUUGAUGAGUCUUUGCUGUUAAAUUGGAAGUUCACUUCAACAUGAACAACCCAUACUCUGAAGAUAGUGAUCAAACCACUGUAGUCGGUUUUGAAGUUCCAAAUUCACCGGAUUCAACCUACAACAAUCUGUACCUUGGGAGCGAAGACGAGGCACGUGAUCCACCGUUUGCCCCGCCUCAUUUGCAGCACACCUUACUGAGCCACCCAGCGAGCAGAGAUGCUGGUGGAACUCUUCCAUUGCCACACAAUGUGAUCCUCAACCAUCUUUACAUCGAAAACCGGGAGACUCCACGUUCUGUUGUGGCUCUCGGAUUCACACAUCGUUUUCGUUCAAAAUUUGUCACGGUUGUGCUUUACAAACCGGUUCACAGAAGAGGAAGUAGCAGGGCUUAGUUAUUCAUAUACAUGGGAAAGUUUGAUUAGAAUUGGUCCGACGGACAUGACUAGAAAACGUUUAUGACAUGUGAGAUGUCGAUGAAAUUAGGGUCGAUGAAGUGCAUUUAACUUCACCAAGUAAAUGAAUGUUAACGACGUAGAUAUUGUAUUGUACCUGUAAUUUUUUUGAACUGUCUAGUGGCAGUAAUUGAAUACAUUCAAGCAUAUGCAUCUUCUAGCUGUUAAAGAUGCAAAAUUGAACUUUGAGUUGGCCUUUUUUCUUUUUAAAGUAGGAGUGUAAUGCCCCCAUUAUUAUUUAGGCGAACCACCCACCGCCACUGGGCGUUUGAUUAGACGUGUAAGUUAUUGUAAAACAAUUAAGACAAAGUUUGAAGA